UCCUAGACAUAAGAUGGCCGUCUAAGCAUGCUUUUUGACAUUUCUUGAAAUAUACCAGAAUAUUGGUGUGGAGUGAAAAUCUGAGGCUGGUACAUUAUUUGGAAGUUAUUCCUGUCAAAGUUUAUACUAGUCAGAGGGCUCUUGGGAUACCAAGACGAAGAAUCAUCAGGUGAAGAGAAUAGAAGUCCACGAAGCAGAGUUAAAAGAACCAGACGUGAUUAGCAUAAAUUAAUCCAAAAUGAAUAUCCGUUGCGCAAGACCUGAAGACCUUAUGAACAUGCAGCACUGCAACUUGCUUUGCUUACCAGAAAAUUAUCAAAUGAAGUAUUAUUUCUACCAUGGCUUAAGCUGGCCUCAGCUAAGCUAUGUCGCUGAGGACGAGAAAGGAAACAUAGUUGGUUAUGUUUUGGCCAAAAUGGAAGAGGAUACUGAGGAGAUGAAGCAUGGUCACAUAACAUCACUAGCUGUUAAACGAUCUCACCGUAGGUUAGGUUUGGCACAGAAACUGAUGAAUCAAGCAUCAGAGGCCAUGGUAGAGUGCUUUGACGCGAAGUAUGUUUCUUUGCAUGUUAGGAAAAGUAAUCGGGCUGCUUUAAAUUUAUACAAAAACUCUCUCAAAUUUGAAACUGUUGAAAUCGAACCAAAAUACUAUGCUGAUGGCGAAGACGCCUACUCCAUG